AUGUUUAAACUCCACGUAAUUGUGAUCUUCGUGCUUAUAGCUGGAUGUGUCCAAGUCCACGGAUGCGGGGAUUUCUGCUUCUCGAAGAUGGAGGGCAUUAUAGAUUACAUCGAGGAGAUGAAGGAAGAACUGGCCGAGCUCAGAUUUCUGAAUGCCUUUGAGAAGAUCGGAUCCGACUACUAUUACUUUAACCACUGGAAGAGGACUAACUGGACCACCGCCGAUGAAGAAUGCCGCAAGAUGAGCGCACGACUGGCGGAGAUUCGCGACGAGCGGGAGUACAACGCAAUCCUGCCCAGAUUGCAGGCCAAUAUGUAUUGGCUGGACAUCACCAAUAGGGGCCAGGGGGAUCACUGGUACUCGCUGAACACCGGGCAUCCGGCUGCCUUCUUGAAGUGGCAUCAGGGCGCGAUGGACAACAAAGGAUUUUCCGUUCACUGCGUAACCAGUUUCUACGGCGACAUGUGGGAUGAAAACUGUUCAAACUAUAACAACUUUAUUUGUAAAUUAAAAAAAUAA